UGAAACCUUCAUAUCAAGCUAACCCAUGCCAAAAUGGAUGUUUUUCAAAUAAGAACGAAAAUAGGUCUAAACUAAGUUGAUAUGUGGCCUAGACAUGGUGAUUCAGCUUGAAAAUGCCUCGAGAAUGAGGGCCAAAUAACACCUAUUUUAGGUGUUAUUGAUUGCCGCACACUUAGGCGUUUGCUUGUCCCCAAGCAAACCUACUCAAACAAGUACAGCUUGGUAAUUUAUCAAUAUGAUAUGAGCUAUAAUUCUUCUUUGCACUAGUUAGGUAGAGCGAACAUUACUCCCAUCUCACUGUGGAAACACCAACUCCCAGAUGAGGAAUAUGUAAGAUAAAUAUGUCUAGACAUUCAAAAGUGUGCACUGGGGGACUUUCAGACGCCACCGCAGUUGAAUAAACUCUUUGAAGACAUGGUGGAUCAGGGUUAUGACUGGGGUUCUGCGCUAAGAUCGCGACGAGCACUGAGUCGUGGUGUGCAUGCCAUGGAUACCCCGUCGUCCAUGCUGGUGAGUGUGGUCACUAAGAUGGUCACGACACUUGAUAAAAAUGGGAUGGUUCUUGGUACAGGGAAUCCGCAAGCUAUGUAUUGCCAGUGGUGCGAUAGCAGCCACCACACACUAGAAGACUGUCAAGCAAUAAGGGAAUCUACUACACCCCAAGAGCAGCUGUACUUCAUAGGAAAUGCUAAGCGCUUCGGCCCUUACAACAACACUUAUAACGAGGGGUAGCGCCAACAUCCUAACUUCUCUUGGAGUGGUAACAGUAAUCCUAAGCCACUAGUCUCUUAGGACCACAAGGAUUUCAAAGACCGCCAUAUCAGUCUCGUGGGCUAGUACUAGUAACAGCCUCCUAACCAACCCAUACAAGGGUAGACUCUCUCAGCAGAAGCAGAGGCAGUUCCAGCCUCCGGGUGCAGGUCCAGUAAUUUUGGCACUGUGAUUCGGUGGCUGAGUUGAGAGACUAAGUAGGUAGAGGUGGGAAACUAGUUCGGUAAACCUGAACCGAACCGAACCAAAGCCAAAUAAAACUGAACCGAAACCGAAUUAAUGCUAUUCGGUUCG